AUGGAAGAAUUGAAGGUAACACCAGCUUUGCUGAUAGCAUUGUUUCAGAAGCCCCAAGACCGGGUUUUUUUAAUUGAGCUUGAGAAUAGUAUUAUUGAUUUUGUCAGAUCUUCUGCGUAUACCUACCAACUGAAACCCAUGAACUCGUACUAUAGGUUACUCUCUCACCAAGUUGCGGAAUACCACGGUCUUCAACAUACUGUGUCGAAGGAUAAUGAUAAAUGCGUUAUUGUUUACAAACAAAGCGAUUACGAGCCAAAGACGAAUCUUGUGCUGCUACAACAAUUGGAGCCCCAAGUCAUGUAUCAAUUUCCUCCGGAGUACUAUGCUCUUGCCUCAAUGGCCGCAGCAAAUAACCAGCAGCAGAUUUUGCAUAAGAGUCUAAGGACCAAGUCGAGACAAAGCUCGAAUCAUCGUCGUUCAUCGACCUCAACAACACCCGAUUCAUCAGUCAAUGGCGCCGUAACUGACACGAAUGCGGAAGACGCCAGUACCGGUACUGGUAAGAAUCAGCCUGGGACUACUGCCAAUAAGAAGAAGGUGAAGAUACUCAAAAGAGAGAACGAUUCGAAACAGGAAGAAUCUAAACAAACUUCGAAAAAGGAUAAUGGAUCCGGAACUGAAUCCGGAACCGAAGAAACGUCUGCCGUGGACGACAGCGAAACUGCAAACAACAAGGAUGUUACUCCAAUAGAUUUGGAAGAACAAAGAAAACUAAAAGAACAACAAUACAAUGAAGAAAAGGAGAAAAUAUUCUCGGGAUCGCCAUUAUCACUCACACCAAUCUCAACCCCACCCGUUACUCCUACAAAAUUAAGCACAGCAAAUAGACUUAAUGAUAUGGAUGAUGACUCUCCACAACCUCAUCAGUUUGAAACUUCACGGUUUAGGCUCAACAAUCAAAACGAAAUGAGGUAUCUCAAAAAAACACACCAACAACAUCAUAACAGGAAACAAUACUCUAAUAACAAUAAUAGCAACAACAACAACAAUAAUAAUAAUAACAAUGGCAAUGGUAGUGGAAAUAUCCACAACCACAAUAAUAGUAAUAAUAAUAGAUACAACAAAGGGUCGAUAAGACAACACCAUAUUCAACCUUACUUUGGAAUGCCUCCCCCAAUGGGACCAAUGGGGUCUGGUGCCAUUCCAUACGGGUACCCAAUGAUUGCUCCAAUGGAAUACAUGUACUAUCCAAUGGGCAAUCCCAUUCCAAAUAGCCAAAUGAUGAUACCAGGGCAGCCAUUAUAUACCAUUUCACCUCCUGUUUAUCAACCCUAUGAGAAAAAGAGUAAUACGAAGUACGAUUCGAAUGGGUAUAGAAAGAACUCAGGAAAACACAAUAAUCAGAGAACCGAUUAA